GGAUCUGCCUAAAUAACGGUGCGGGCCACGCACUUCAGAGGUUUUCAGGCAGAGACACAGCAAAAAGGAAAAAGGGCGUCAUGCCAGAGGGGUAAAAGCGGCGAGGUGGUCGAUUUCUCUUUCUCGGGCUUAUUGAUCCGCAGUGAUCGGGCACAUCCGAUUCAUCUGCAGUCCGCGUGCGAAUGAAACGCUCGUCUUUCAGUCAACAACAUAUGUUGAAUUUGAGUUGCAAAUCGCUGCGUGCAGUCGCUUUGUAAUCGUAUCUCGACUUUGGAAACAUUUGCUUACAAACCAACAGACCAUAAUGUCGCACGUUGAUUCAGGGCCGAAAAAUGAUUCGGACUCGGAAAAGAAGACCGAACCAGCCCAGCAGAGUUCAUCGGGAGAAAUGGACGUGCCUAAAACCAAAUUAUUUGAUGCCAAGGCAAUCUUAUGGACUUUUGGCAAAUGUCUCACUGCCUUGUUGCCCGUUUACCUGGCUGGUUACUAUCGGAUGAGCACUAGUUUAGUGGUGUUUGGGAUGAUGGUUUACGCAGGAUGGAAACACACUCGUGAGGCGAAGGAGGCGAGAUUGAGGUCCGCUAUACAGUUAGUGAACGACGAACACGAAUACAUAUCCUCCAAAUCAUUUAGAAGUAGAAGAGACCUGCCUUCUUGGGUCAACUUCCCAGACGUAGAGAAGGUGGAAUGGCUAAACAAGGUUAUCCAGCAGGCCUGGCCGUACAUUGGUCAGUUUUUGGAAAAGCUGCUGACGGAAACCAUUGCUCCAUCUAUCCGUGGCUCCAGCAGUCAUCUGCAGACGCUCAGCUUCACGAAGGUCGACUUCGGUGCCAAGCCGAUGAAGGUGGUUGGAGUGAAGGCUCAUACAGAAAAUGAGAAAGGUCAAAUUCUGCUUGACGUUUACAUCAGUUACGUGGGGGAUGUUGAGAUAAAUGUGGAGGUGAAGAGGUAUUUCUGCAAGGCUGGUGUGAAGGGAAUACAGCUUCAUGGAAUGAUGCGUGUGAUUUUGGAGCCGCUGAUCGGUGACGUCCCAAUUGUGGGCGCUGUGACCAUGUUCUUCAUUCAAAGACCUAAACUGACCGUUAACUGGACCGGUUUGACCAACCUGCUGGACAUUCCGGGACUCAAUGUGAUGUCAGAUACUAUGAUCAUGGAUGCGAUCGCUUCAUUCCUGGUUCUGCCCAAUCGUCUCACUGUUCCUCUAGUUGCAGACUUGCCUGUGGCACAGCUGCGAUGCCCUUUACCCAGGGGAGUUGUGCGUAUUCACCUGGUGGAGGCUGAUGCUCUGGCUUCAAAAGAUAACUAUGUGAAGGGUGUGAUGUCAGGCAUGUCUGACCCAUACGCCACGCUCAGAGUCGGCCCGCAAACCUUUAAAUCUCGCCAUCUGGACAACACACUCAAUCCCAAAUGGGAUGAGAUGUAUGAGGUCAUCGUUCAUGAGGUGCCUGGUCAGGAGCUAGAGGUGGAAGUGUUUGAUAAAGAUCCUGAUCAUGAUGAUUUCCUGGGCAGGACAAAAUUAGACUUGGGGAUUGUGAAGAAAUCUAAAAUAGUGGAUGAGUGGUUCACCUUGGUUGACACCUCUACAGGACGGGUUCAUCUCAAACUGGAGUGGCUGACGCUAGAAGCCAACACAGAAAGACUGGAAGAGGUUCUGAAGAGAAAUGAAAGUGUGGUGAGUAAAACAGCAAAGCCGCCCUCAGCAGCCAUCUUGGCAGUGUAUCUGGACAAGGCUGAGGCACUUCCUCUGAAAAAAGGCAAUAAGGACCCCAAUCCGAUUGUUCAAGUCUCAGUGGAAGAUGUUACCCGUGACAGCCGGAUUUGCUGGAAUACGGUGAACCCCCAGUGGGAAGACGCUUUCACUUUCUUCAUCAAAGAUCCAAGCAAACAGGACAUUAGCAUACAGGUGAAGGAUAAUGACCGUGUUCAGGUUUUGGGAAAACUGUCCAUUCCUAUUUCCCGUCUUCUCUCUUGUCAAGAUCUGACUUUGAAGGAGUGGUUUAAUCUGGAGAAUUCUGGUCCAGAGAGCCGCAUUCACAUCAACACAGUGCUCAGGGUGCUCUGGUUCGAUGAAGUUGCUGCAGCUUCGUCUCUCCUCUCCAGUGACCCUUUUUCAAAGAGCUCUGCUUCACGUCCUCAGACGACGACGCCCCAUUCCAGCUUCGCCACUGAGGGGAUGCUGCGUGUUCACCUCGUGGAGGGUCAAAAUUUGGUGGCAAAGGACAACAUGAUGGGUGGGAUGGUGAAGGGCAAGAGCGACCCGUAUGUCAAGAUCCAAAUCGGAGGUGAAACCUUUAAAAGUCACGUGAUCAAGGAGAACCUCAACCCCACCUGGAACGAGAUGUAUGAGGUGGUUUUGACACAGCUUCCUGGUCAGGAGUUGACGUUGGAAGUUUUUGAUAAGGACAUGGACAUGAAAGAUGACUUUAUGGGCAGGCUGAAGAUGAAUCUAAGUGAUAUAAUCAGCUCUCAAUACAUUAACGAGUGGUUUACUCUGAGCGACGUUAAGCGUGGUCGUGUUCAUCUCGCUCUGGAAUGGCUGCCCACUGUAACAACACCAGAGAAACUAGAGCAGGUGUUGCAAUACCAGUCAAAGAGCUCAUACCUGAAUAAAGCAGUGCCGACUGCCGCUCUCCUGUUUGUGUAUGUGGAGCGUGCACAUGAACUUCCUUUGAAGAAGAGUGGAAAGGAGCCUAAAGUUGGAGCUGAGCUGAUUCUGAGAGGAACUUCUCAUAAAACCACUGUCUCUGACCGCACCAGCUCUCCCCAGUGGGAUGAGGCAUUUCACUUCCUGGUUCGAGAUCCGCUGAAUGAAGACCUUGUUGUGAAGUUGUCCCACAACUGGGACUUCUCUCUGGGAUCUGUCGUGAUUCCCAUCAAAGAGCUUCUGUCUGAACCAGAUCUGAUGCUGGACCAGUGGCUCAAUCUGGAUGGAGCAUCACCUCAGAGUCAGAUUCUGCUCAGAGCUCAGAUGAAGAUUCUUUGUCCUAAAGAGACGGAGAGCUCUGAAGACCAAGAAGAACCGAAACGUCGUGACUCGUCCAGCAUUAGAAGAGAACAGGAGGAGGAAUUAGUGCAGAAGUCUAGUAUUGAGGAGGUCCCGCCAUCUCCUGUCAGCAGGACUUCCUCCGUGUCGGUCCCAGAAGAGGAGGAAGUCCCAGAGGUCACGGAGGUCACAGAGGUCCCAGAAGUUUUCAGUUCGGAUGACCUUCGACCUUUGCACACCAGCCCUGAUCCCAGUUUCGCUACCGAGGGUGUGCUUCGCCUUCACCUGCUGGAAGCUGAAGAUCUGGUAGCGAAGGACAACAUGAUGGGUGGGAUGGUGAAGGGCAAGAGCGACCCGUAUGUCAAGAUCCAUAUCGGAGACACGGUCUUUAAGAGUCACGUGAUCAAGGAGAAUCUCAACCCCACCUGGAACGAGAUGUAUGAGCUGGUUCUGACCUCCAAGUCGACCGCUGAUGUCCUUGUGGAGGUUUUCGACAAGGAUGUGGACAAAGAUGACUUCUUAGGGAGGGUGAAAAUCAGCUUACAGGAGAUCAUUCAGUCCCAUCUGACUGACAAAUGGUUUUCUCUGAGUGAUGUCAAACAUGGACGUGUUCAUAUGAUUCUGGAGUGGCUUCCCACAGUAACACAACCUGACAGACUACAAAAGGCUCUGCAGUUGCAGUCAGAGCAUUCGUACCUGAACAAAUCUGUGCCGUCAGCCGCUCUGUUCUUCAUCCUCUUGGAGAGAGCUCACAACCUUCCGAUGAAGAAGAGUGGAAAAGAGCCUAAAGCUGCUGCAGAGCUGGUGUUAGGUGACAUUUCUCACAAAACCAAGGUGUGCGAGCGCUCCACGUCUCCCGAGUGGAGUGAAGCUUUUCACUUCCGGGUUCACAACCCUACAGAGGAGAUUCUUAUUGUAAAGCUUUCAAGUGCCUUUGAGCAGCCCUUAGGGUCUGUGGUUCUACCAGUCAGAGAGCUGCUUUCAAAACCAGAUCUGCUGAUGGACCAGUGGUUUAGUCUGGAUGGAGCAGGUCCUGACAGUCAGAUCCUGCUGAGGGCACAACUUAAGAUUUUGGACUCAAGUUUGGAUACAAGUGCCCUUCAUCGUAAAAAGCCUGUUGUUGAAGAAGAGCAUUCGAUGGCUGAACAGCAUGAAGAAAAAGCACCGGUUCCUGUUGAACACCCACAAGCUGCAGUCAGUAAGGAGCCUGAGAAGAAAACGCAGCCUACAAAAGGGGUCAGUGAACUAGCAGCCUUUACUUUACCAGUACCCGUAUCACAGCCUGAAGAACAUCACACGCCAUCUGUCCCGAAAACACAGCCUGACACUGAGGAUCUCAGCAGAGUUCCUGAUUCCACUACCAGUGGAAGUGGAUACAUGGAACCAGUCAAAACAUUUGGAUCAGCCCAUGAGGAGCAAAAACACAUGGAAAAACCAGAGGAGCAGUCUCACAAAAAGGUUUCUCCCAGUGUUCCCGCAGAGGAGUCAAAAGUCAGUAGUUCUACAGACGUACGACCCCAAAAGACCAGCCACGACCCCAACUUUGGCACCAAGGGGGUGCUGCGUAUCCAUCUUUUGGAAGCUCAGGAUCUGGUAGCGAAGGACAAUAUGAUGGGUGGGAUGGUGAAAGGCAAGAGCGACCCGUAUGUCAAGAUCCAUAUCGGAGACACAACCUUUAAGAGUCAUGUGAUCAAGGAGAACCUCAACCCCACCUGGAACGAGAUGUAUGAGUUGAUUCUGAGUCCUGAUCACAAUCUAGACGUGAAGUUUGAGGUCUAUGAUAAGGACUUUGAAUCUGAUGAUUUCCUUGGAAGGUUCAAGCUCAAACUUGGCCAUAUCAUCAGCUCCCAGUACAAUGAUGAAUGGUUUACUCUGAAUGACAUAAAACAUGGUCGAGUGCAUUUGGUCUUGGAAUGGCUUCCCACCUCAACACAGCGGGACAGACUGGACCAAGUAAUGCAGAUGCAAAGCUCUCAGACCUACCAGAACAAGUCUGUGCCGUCAGCAGCGUUGUUGUUUAUUUACUUAGAAAGAGCUCAUGAUCUGCCGUUGAAGAAAAGUGGAAAGGAACCCAAAGCUGCUGCCGAACUUGUACUUGGAGGAACGACUUACAAAACCAAGGUGUGUGAUCGAUCAAGUUCUCCUCACUGGAAUGAAGCAUUUGAUUUUCUGGUUUACGACCCCAAAAAGGACAUGCUUGUCAUCAAGCUCUCAAGUGCCUGGGAUCAACCCAUGGGCUCUUUGGUUCUACCAAUCAAAGAGCUGCUUUCAAAACCUGAUCUGCUGAUGGACCAAUGGCUCAAUCUGGAUGGAGCUUCACCGAAGAGCCAGAUCCUACUCAGGGCACAGCUGAAGAUCCUGGAUUCAAAAAUGGCCGCCUUAGUAGCCAUGGGUUCAGGUCCUGUGUUGAGUAAUAAGCAAACGGCCACCACCGGUCAGAUCAAAAUCUCCUUUUCCUUCCAGAAGAAGCUGACAGUGAUCAUCCAUGCAUGCAGGGGUCUGGUUACAUCAUCUAAGGACAGCUUAGACACCUACGUCUCCCUCAUUCUGCUGCCGGAUAAAAGCAAGGCCACAAAAAGAAAGACAAGUGUGAAAAAGAAAAAUCUGAACCCAGAGUUCAAUGAAAGGUUUGAGUUUGAUAUGAGUGUGGAGGAAGCUCAGAGACGAGAGCUCAGCCUUUGUGUGAAAAACGCAUCCUCGUCCUUCAUGAAUCGAGACAAAGACGUGAUCGGCCAGGUGCAGAUAGAACUGGGACAGGUUGACUUAGUCUCUGGAGUCACAGAAUGGUUUGAUCUAAAAGAAGAGCAGAACUAACAGAACACAGUGUUCUUGACCUGAGCACUUCACAGCCAACCUUAAACCUCUUUCUGAAGUUCAUCAGGUUAACUUUGCUCCCGUGUAUCGCCGCCAGUGCUUACGUUCCCUUGGCUUUUUUUUUUUUAUAACUUCACAAACACAUAUAUAUAUUCAUCUGUUUAUUUAUCAACAGAUGAGUGACUGGUUCAUAUGAUGAAUAUGAAUGCUCUUAGUGGUUUGAACAUUUUGCCGUAUUGACAAAUCAAGUAUUAUAUCAAGACCGAUAUAUAUAAAUUGGUGAUAUCUGUAUAAUUCAGUAUCAGAUGACUGAAUGUUAACCGUACGUAUUUGCAGAGAUCAGUGUUGAGUAGGUGGCUGGAAAGAGUCUCGUCUUCCUGUGCAGGUUGCAGGACGUUGCAUUUGUGUUUAAACUCAGAAGGAAAAGGAUGUUUUAAAAUGGUUUCAUGUUCUUUUUAUUAAAAGUGAGAGGAUACAAUGUACAAAUUUUUGAAGGAUUGUAACUGACAGAACUUUGAGCACCAAAAAUAUAAAGUGGUUAUAUUUAGACAUUAUACACAUCACCACCUAAAAUCUUUAAGAUGACUUGUUGCUGUUACCACUGCAGAUAUCCACAAUCAUACUGUGCGUUUGGACAAAUAGUUGUUUACAUGUCGAUAUGGCUUAUGUGGCUUCUGCAGUCAAUGUGUAUUUAGCCAAAAAUAUGACAUUAAAACUUGCAUGUUACACUGUGUUAAUUUUUAGGCUUUUUAAAAAGAGAUAAUUGUGAAAACCUUGACAUAUUAGGGAAUUUAAAUUGAUUUCUAGGCCUGCAAAAAUUAUGUAACAUAAAAUGUUAAAUUCCUGGAAAUUUGUAUAAUGAGUGUUAAUUUCUGGUUAUUCAGAGUCAAAUGCAUUGAGCUGCAUUCAAAUCUCAGACUUUUUCCGUUUGGAGACUUUUGUACCAUAUUUAAAGUUGAUUAAAUUACUUGAUUCCAAGGAUUGGUACCUAAGUUACUGGAGUCCAGAAAUAGCUAUUUUAAUGAUACUGUAAAAGUCAUGGAAAUUCACUCAUUGAAAGGGUGGGAACCCUGCAAAAGAUCUAGACUGACCGCAAAUACCUUUAGCUGAGCUUUGUUCAAGUUGUCAUGAUGUUUAUAAAACAUAAUCUAUACACAAUCUACCAUUCAAAAGUUUGGGGUCAUCAAGACAAAUUAAAUUAAUCAAAAUAACAA